AAACUUUAAAAAAUAAUUUGAAUAUUUUAAAAAUCGAUUUUUUGUUAAAUAAAUAUCUUAAUAUUAUUUAAAUUUUAUUUUAUUUCAAAACGUUGUAAUCUAACUGACUACCAAAGGCAAGAGAUUAUCAUGCCAUUUUUUACAACCAUUAACACGUGUCUUUAAACGAAAAAAAAAAACAAAACAAUUGCAUGGUAUUUGUUUAUUUUCUAUUUGUAAACAUUAAAUUUUAGCUCUAAUUUUAAAAAACCAAAAUGGAUCAUCAAGUACAAUCCCUGAAAGAAUAUCUCACCAACAUGGUAGUGCCCAGUCGACGUGAUUGUAUCGACAUUAACCCCGAACAUAUUACAAUGCUGCAGGGAUCAAAGAGUAAAAAACAAUUAAGUCGUAAAAGAAAAACACAAAAAUCUACUACACUUAAUAGACGAGAAUAUGCUCAGUUAGGAUUACAUACCCUACCCACACGACAAAUGAAAUAUAACGAAGCUUUACCCCUACAUCGUUUGUGGAAGGGUUAUAUGAAAGAACAUUUGGGUUUACGGGAGGGAGAUCAAGUACCAAGAGUAUAUGAUGCUGGUUAUGAUGCAUUUAGUAAGCUGUUAGUUAAAACCGAUUUACAUGGUGCCAAAAUGUAUGUUAUGCAGUCAAAAUGCCCAACGCUUGUGGGCCUAUCGGGUAUUGUGGUAUUGGAUACAAAAAAUGUUCUAAAAUUAUUGGGAAAAGAUGAUUGUUUACGUACGAUUCCGAAAAGUGAAUGUGUUUUUGGUAUGAAGUUGGGAAAUAUGGAAUUUACAAUAUUUGGUAAACAUUUGUGCAUACGUCCGGCGGAACGAUCCGUUAAGAAAAUAAAGAAUUUCAUUGAACCUUUUGAAUAAAUA